GCCAAGAUGCCCAGCCCGCCCGGACUGCGGACGCUGUGGCUGUGCGCCGCGCUGUGCGCCUCCCCGUGCGCUGGAGGCGCCCCCCAGCCGGGCCCCGGGUCCGCCGCCUGCCCGGCCCCCUGCCACUGCCAGGAGGACGGCAUCAUGCUGUCGGCCGACUGCUCGGAGCUUGGGCUCUCCGCCGUGCCCGGGGACCUGGACCCCCUGACGGCUUACCUAGACCUGAGCAUGAACAACCUCACAGAGCUGCAGCCUGGCCUCUUCCACCACCUGCGCUUCCUGGAGGAGCUGCGUCUCUCGGGGAACCAUCUCUCACACAUCCCGGGACAAGCGUUCUCUGGCCUCUACAGCCUGAAAAUCCUGAUGCUGCAGAACAACCAGCUGGGAGGAAUCCCCGCAGAGGCGCUGUGGGAGCUGCCGAGCCUGCAGUCUCUGCGCCUAGAUGCCAACCUCAUCUCCCUGGUCCCGGAAAGGAGCUUUGAGGGGCUGUCUUCCCUCCGUCACCUGUGGUUGGACGACAAUGCGCUCACCGAGAUCCCUGUCAGGGCCCUCAACAACCUCCCUGCCCUGCAGGCCAUGACCCUGGCCCUCAACCGCAUCAACCACAUCCCUGACUACGCCUUCCAGAACCUCACCAGCCUUGUGGUGCUGCAUCUUCAUAACAACCGCAUCCAGCAUCUGGGGACCCACAGCUUCGAGGGGCUGCACAAUCUGGAGACACUAGACCUGAACUAUAAUGAGCUGCAGGAGUUCCCUGUCGCCAUCCGGACGCUGGGCAGACUGCAGGAACUGGGGUUCCAUAACAACAACAUCAAGGCCAUCCCAGAAAAGGCCUUCAUGGGGAACCCUCUGCUGCAGACAAUACACUUUUAUGAUAACCCAAUCCAGUUUGUGGGGAGGUCAGCGUUCCAGUACCUGCCUAAACUGCACACACUAUCCCUGAAUGGUGCCACGGACAUCCAGGAGUUCCCAGAUCUCAAAGGGACCACCAGCCUGGAGAUCCUGACCCUGACCCGUGCAGGCAUCCGGCUGCUCCCACCAGGGAUGUGCCAGCAGCUGCCCAGGCUCCGAGUGCUGGAAUUGUCUCAUAAUCAAAUCGAGGAGCUGCCCAGCCUGCACAGGUGUCAGAAACUAGAGGAAAUAGGCCUCCAGCACAACCGCAUCUGGGCGAUCGGAGCAGACACCUUCAGCCAGCUGAGCUCCCUGAGAGCCCUGGACCUGAGCUGGAACUCCAUCCGGUCCAUCCACCCUGAGGCCUUCGUGACCCUACGCUCCCUAGUCAAGCUGGACCUGACGGACAACCAGCUGGCCACACUGCCCCUGUCUGGACUUGGGGGCCUGAUGCAUCUGAAGCUAAAAGGGAACCUGGCUCUCUCCCAGGCCUUCUCCAAGGACAGUUUCCCAAAACUGAGGAUCCUGGAGGUGCCCUAUGCCUACCAGUGCUGUGCCUAUGGCGUCUGUGCCAGCUUCUUCAAGGCCUCUGGACAGUGGGAGGCUGAGGACUUUCACCUUGAGGAGGAGGAGGCUCCAAAGAGACCCCCAGGCCUUCUUGCCGGACAAGCUGAGAACCACUAUGACCUGGAUCUGGACGAGCUCCAGCUGGAGAUGGAGGACACAAAGCCACACCCCAGUGUCCAGUGCAGCCCCAUUCCAGGCCCCUUCAAGCCCUGCGAGCACCUCUUCGAGAGCUGGGGCAUCCGGCUGGCUGUGUGGGCCAUCGUGCUGCUCUCUGUGCUCUGUAACGGGCUGGUGCUGCUGAGUGUCUUCGCAGGCGGGCCUGGCCCUCUGCCCCCGGUCAAGUUCGUCAUCGGUGCCAUCGCGGGUGCUAAUGCCCUAACCGGCAUAUCCUGUGGCCUCUUAGCAUCCGUGGACGCCCUGACCUUUGGCCAGUUCGCCCAGUAUGGAGCCCGCUGGGAGAUGGGGCUGGGCUGCCAGGCCACAGGCUUCCUGGCCGUCCUGGGGUCCGAGGCUUCCGUGCUGCUCCUCACUCUGGCCGCCGUGCAGUGUAGCGUCUCCGUCUCCUGCGUCCGGGCCUACGGGAAGGCCCCCUCCCUGAGCAGCAUCCGAGCGGGGGCCCUGGGCUGCCUGCUGCUGGCCGGGCUAGCCGCGGCCCUGCCCCUCGCCUCGGUGGGAGAGUACGGGGCGUCCCCGCUCUGCCUGCCCUAUGCCGCGCCCGAGGGCCGGCCGGCCGCGCUGGGCUUUGCCGUGGCCCUGGUGAUGAUGAACUCCUUGUGCUUCCUGGCCGUGGCCGCUGCCUACAUCAGACUCUACUGCCACCUGCCGCGGGGCGGCUUCGAGGCCGUGUGGGACUGCGCCAUGGUGCGGCACGUGGCCUGGCUCAUCUUUGCCGACGGGCUCCUCUACUGCCCUGUGGCCUUCCUCAGCUUCGCCUCCAUGCUGGGGCUCUUCCCUGUCACCCCAGAGGCCGUCAAGUCUGUCCUACUGGUGGUACUACCCCUGCCUGCCUGCCUCAACCCGCUGCUCUACCUGCUCUUCAACCCCCACUUCCGGGAUGACCUGCGGCGCCUCUGGCCCUGCCCAGGGACCCCAGGUCCCCUAGCCUAUGCUGCUGCCAACGAGCUGGAGAAGAGCUCCUGCGAUUCUACCCAGGCCCUGGUGGCCUUCUCUGAUGUGGAUCUCAUUCUGGAAGCUUCUGAGGCUGGGCGGCCUCCCGGGCUGGAGACCUAUGGCUUCCCCUCAGUGACCCUCAUCUCCUGUCAGCAGCCGGGGGGCCCCAGGUUGGAGGGCAGCCAUUUUGUAGAGCCAGAGGGAACUCACUUUGGGAACCCACCACCCUCCAUGGAUGGAGAACUGCUGCUCAGGGCAGAGGGAGCCAUGUCAGCUGGUGGGAGCCUGUCAGUGGGCAGGGCCUUCCAGCCCUCUGGCUCUGCCUUUGCCUCACACUUAUAAAUGGCCCUUCUCACUCUUUUCUUCCCAUGUCUUCCCUCCCCUCUCCUCCCACUCCAUGAAUGAUGGCUGCUUGUAAAAUAAAUUCA